AUGAUCAUGAGCUCGUAUUUGAUGAACUCGAACUACAUCGAUCCUAAAUUUCCUCCGUGUGAGGAAUAUUCGCAAAAUGACUACAUCACUUCUGAAUGUUACAGACGCGCCCGGGACACCGAAUACCAUCACCAACCUCACCAACCUCACCAGCAGCACCAGCAGCAGGAGUUAUUAUAUCCUCACUCUGCCACCUACCAGGAGGGUAAAUGUGAGUCUGAAAGCAUUUCUGAGCACCAGGGCAAUUUAAAAACCUUCACACCUCAGAGUGCUGCCCCGGCCACCCAGACAGCUGCCCCCGAUCAGCCCUCAGAGAGCCCCGAGCCUGUGGUGUAUCCCUGGAUGAGGAAAAUCCACGCCGGUACAGUGAGCUCGUGUGGAUCGGAAUCGAAACGCUCCCGCACCGCUUACACCCGCCAGCAGAUCCUGGAGCUGGAGAAGGAAUUUCACUACAGUCGGUACUUGACCAGGCGGAGGAGAAUCGAGAUCGCAAACACACUGUGUCUGAACGAGAGGCAGAUUAAGAUCUGGUUUCAGAACCGCAGGAUGAAGUGGAAGAAGGACCACCGGUUACCCAACACCAAGGUCCGAUCUUCAUCUUCAUCAUCCUCGUCUUCUUCGUCCAACAGUGCAGCUCGGGAUCAGGACAUCACAAAGAUCUAAUCUCAGCGCUUAAUGGACACACAUAGAAUGAACAGUAUUUUAAAAAGAAGUAAAAUAUUUUCUUUUACAGGUACAGGGUGGAAUUAUUUCAGCAGUAUUUAAUAUCGUAUGUGGUAUUUAUUAUUAUUAUUUUAUUGUACUACUUGAAAACAGGACAUUGACUUGAUGUGUCCAUCAGCUUGCACAGGGUUACUUAUUUAUUAACUGUAACGUUGAUUUAUUUCUUAUUUCUUAUCUUAAGUUAUUUGAUUUGAUAUUAAGUUCUUAAUAAGAGGAAAAAACAAAAAUUAACCUACCAUUUGAUGCACUUGAAGCAAAAUUAGUUCCUUCGUUGCGUUUUUGUGACAGGACCGGGUCCCGUACUGUUAUUUUACCUUAGAAUAUAAAAUAUGAUCGUGUUUUUGUGCUGUAAGUGCUUGUGCUUAAUAAAAAUGUGUCCGUGUAAA